AUGUUAAUAAUAGUAGAAUAAGUUAAACAAACAAAAGACAUGUUCCCUUUGUAAAAUUUAGAAGUUUGACUUGUUGCCUUCAAAAUCUAAUACAGACAAACCUACCCCCCACAAUUCACUUUUAAAUGCCAAUUAUCUACCACAUCUUCCCAAAUGUAAUAAUACCUUAGAGUUCACUACCUUCACAAAAAUAGGAACCAAAUCUUUAGUAGUAAGGAAAGAUCAAUUUUCCAUGGAAAGGAAAACAUUGGAGACUGAGGCUGAGGUUAAAGUUCCAGUAAUUUACUACCUUUCUAGAAAUGGCCAACUUGAGCAUCCACAUCUCAUGUAUGUUUCAAUCUCUUCUUCACAUGGAACACUAUGUCUUCAAGAUGUGAUAAAUAGAUUGAGUUUUCUCCGAGGACAAGGAAUUGCUAACAUGUAUUCUUGGUCUACAAAAAGGAGUUACAGGAAUGGAUUUGUGUGGCAAGAUUUAUCCGAGAAUGAUUUAAUUUACCCGAGUAGCAGCCAUGAGUAUGUCCUUAAAGGAACACUACUCAUAGAAGAACCUUCAAGCUUUAGAUCCUAUGAAACAAUACUAUCGAUGCCAAGCUCCAAAAGUUCUAAUGAAACAAACAAUUCUAGUAGCAUGGAUGCAGACUCCCCUUCUUCCACCGCGAAGGGCUCGCGGCGCGAUUACAAACUUUACAAGGCAACAACAUACAGGGAAUUUGCUGAGAAAGCGACUAAUGCGUCGACUCAGACAGAGGAGAAGGGUAGGCAAAGGAUGGAUAUUGAGACAUGUGAAGGGUUUGGAGGAAAUGCUGUAAGGAAGAUUGAUAAGAAUGGAGGGUCUAUGUCAUAUUCCCGUUCUAGUUUUGGAUCAUUAGAAGGGUGUUUGGAAUCAGCAGAUAUCAGAAACCAAAAGAUUGAGAAUGAACGUCCAAGUGGGAGGAUGAGAGCAACACAAGUUCUGAUGCAGUUGGUCAGCUGUAGAAGUCCUAGAGAAGAACUCUGAGUGAGUCGCUGAAAUUUGUUUUACUGUGCAGUUUUUAGUUAAGUUAGUGAUGGAACAUAAUUUGAGAAUUAUUUGUUGCUUUGUCUGCAUCAAUUCAUGUAGCCGACUCUAUUAGUGGGAUAAUGUUUGAUUAUUGUUAUUGUUGGAAUGUUAUGAGUUGAAUCGUUAAUGUUAGAUGAGAGAGGUCUUACCCUCAUCCGUAAGGUUAUUCAAUUAGACGGGUUUAUACAAAAAAACAAUGAGCAACACUUGUGAUCAAUGUAAUCAUUCAAGUCAUGUUACACGUCUAAUUUAUCUUUA